CAGUAAAAAUGAAUACACAUGUGCGUUUUCGAUCCCGCUAGUGUUUCCGUGCCCGUCGACAUAAAGUAAAUUAUUCGGGUGAAAUUUAUUCAAUUUUCAAUGGUAAAUAUUUACAUUUUCCAACUCAAAAUAUGUGCAAAGUGUGCCCGUGAUACCGCCCAGCAAAUUCACGAUGGAAUUGGUAGCUGGGAAGUGAAAUUUGAUGGCUAAAAUUCGAUUGGAAAAUUAGUGAAUCGACUCGUCUGGCUCGAUUUUACUGCGGUUCCAUUUUGGCAGACCUAGCAAAAGGCAAUCUUCUGUGCCUGUGUGCGUACUUGUGCAAGCGGAAAGAAGAAAAAGUACCUUGGCCUUCUUCGAUACUAAGUCUUGUUUCUCAAUUACGGUCGGGCGGGAAUUGUUUUUUUCUUUUUUACUUUUUUAAUACGCACAAUAAUAAUAAAAAAAAAGUGUUGAAAAUAUUGUUUUAAAAGUGGAAGCUGUUGACGGGUGUGCGUGACGGUUUUCGAUUUACGGCUACACGGCUUUUACAUGCCCGUGCAAAUGGUUUGUGAUUCGACAUCGUUGGUGAGUGCGGCACUCCGCGACUCAUUGAACUCGUCUACCUCAUCAAGUAGCGGUAUCGGUGGAAUAAGUUCGACAUCUGGUAGCGGCAUAAGCGGUCAGUCACCGACAUCCUUGUUUGGUUCGUCGAGCAGUAGUUCUGGAUUUCUAGAACCGGACGAUGAGGGACUCGACCGUAUCGAGAACACCCUAACCGCUGCCAUCAGACGUAACCAGCUUCGUCCCGUCCGGUACGAGGAAGUGUCAAACUACAGCAGCGAGCUGAACAAUCUCAAAUCGAAGUACAUCGUACUGAAAACCACCGCCAGCAGCAAUGGCAUCAACGAAUCUGGUAGUGUUGGUGGACCAGGAACCAGUAACGAAAGCACCACCAACACCAACGGGCUGCUGAUGAAUGGCGGUACCCACUCGACGAUGACGGCCAAAAUGACCACCACUGACACCUCCAGCAACGGGCCCAUCAGCGGCGGUGGCUGUAAUUAUCAGAAUGGAAACUCCUCGGGCAAUGGAAAAGACCACCUGCCAACACCGAAACGGGUGCUCUUUCCCAGGGAGAAUGUACAGCUUGGAUGGAAGGCAAACGGUCGCAAAUGGUUGACCGGUGCCGGUAUGAUCAAUGUUGGUAACACUUGCUACCUGAACUCGACCCUGCAAGCUUUGUUCCACGUGCCGGCUAUCGCCAACUGGCUCGUGUCGGACGGUGCCCAUCGCGAACGGUGUGACGACAGUAAUGGGUGUAUCAUUUGUGCAAUGGCCAAAACGCUGCUGGCCUCACAGAGCAAUCAAGGUGCAAUCAAACCGUAUCUGGUCUACUCGAAACUUCGGUUGGUCUGCAAACAUCUGGUUCCGGGGCGUCAGGAAGAUGCACACGAGUUUCUGCGCUAUUUGAUGGAAGCGAUGGAGAAAAGCUACCUGGCACGGUCGAAGAACGCCAAAGAUUUGGAACAGUACAGCAAAGAGACGACACCGUUAAAUCAAAUUCUCGGCGGUUACCUACGCUCCGAGGUGAAAUGUUUGUCCUGUCAGCAUAUCUCCACUACCUUCCAGCACUUCGAAGACUUACUGCUGGACAUCAGAAAGGCCAGCUCGAUCGAGGAAGCACUCGGUGGUUACUUUGCACGUGAACGACUGGAGGAAAUGCAGUACAAGUGUGAAUCAUGCAAGAAACGGGUGGCUGCGACCAAGCAGUUUUCGCUGGAACGAGCACCGUUCGUGCUCUGCAUUCAGCUGAAGCGUUUCUCGAUGCUGGGCGGGAAAAUCAACAAGCAUGUGGAGCUGAGAAGAGAGCUUGACUUGACGCCCUAUUCAUCGAAGUCGGCAGCUUCCAGCGGAAGACUCACCUACAAACUGGUCUCGAUGGUUACCCAUUUGGGUAAUACGCAGCACUGCGGUCACUACACUGCCAUCGGAAGCACGGAAAGCGGUAACUACUAUGUGUUCGAUGACAGUUCUGUCAGACCAACCUCCAUACAGAACGUGACCAGCACAAAUGCGUACAUCAUAUUCUACGAACUGGAAAGUGUUCAAAAUGGCAUCAACAAAGCCACUGCUAGCAGUACUGCCACGUUGGCGACAUAUGUCAACGCAUCGGGAACACAUUCUCACGGAAAAGUGGGAACUAGUGGACCGCUGGGAAUCACCCAAAAUGGGGGAACGUCGUUCUCCAGUUCGUCACCUCUCAGAGUUCUUGGUAACAGCGGUAAUACCAGCAACAAGUCGGAAAACCGACCCGGUUUCAUUGGGCCAUUGUUACCGCAGCAGAUGUCGUCGGAUAGAACUAGAAAGUUUACCAACGAACUGAACGGUGCCGCCUAUCGAGCAAUGGACGAGGAUGAAGGCGAACUGAUGAUCUCAUCCACGUCCAGACUUUCUCCCGUCUCGUCAACCACAUCGUCACUGUCGAGUCCAUCACCAGUCAAAGCCGGCGGUUUCAACACUCUAACCCACAGUCCUUCGAGCAGUAAAACCGCCACGAAGAAUUCCCUUACUCAAAUCUCGUCCAAUGGCAGCAAGUCCAAAUUCGGCACGAUCAAUGGUGUCAGUAGUAGCACCAACGGUAGCUUAAAGUCUUCUUCCACAGCAUCCCCAUCCUGUUCUUCUAUGCUUCCUUCCGCUUCCGCUUCUUCCUCUACCCUGCUAUCGAUGCCUAAACUUUGCAAUAGUCCCACAGCUACGAAGAGUACCGUUGAAGAGAUGUCUAGAACCACCGAAGGAACGUGUUCGACCGGUGUUGCUACCUCAACCUCGUCAUACUCGACCGGUGGAACUGGAAGCAAAAUUGGCACGGCAAAUGGCCACACUAGCAACAGCAAAGCGAUCAGUUUAGUUCCUUACGAUGCCGAUGACGAUGAUGAUGAUGAUGGUGACGACGAUGGCGGCGGCGGCAACAUCUUCGGCGAGAAGCCACUCAAACGUCGCAACGUCGGUGGAAGUCUUAAACAGGAAUACGAUUAUAACGACGAUCCGGAACAAUCUCACUCGCUAAUUCGGCGUGGACCGAACGGCAAGAAGAUCCCGGAACUGCUGGAAGAAGAAUCCUCAUGCUCACCGAAAUCACCACCGGUAAUCAAAACGAAAACCGGCCUGUGGAAGGUGAGUGAUAACACAAUUCAAGUCUGCAACAACAACAACAACAGCAGCAGCAGUAGCAGUAGCGGAAGUGCGAACAGUAGCAAAAAUGCAUCACCCUCCACGUCCGGUAGUUCCUCUCCGUCAAGCUACGCCAAUCACAAUCACGUCAACAAUGGUCACGGUGGUGGUCCACUGGCAACCGGUUACCAAACGAAUGGCUACGGUAGCCGUCAGUUCAACGGUUACAACGGCAAUUACAACAGAACCAGCGACGUUGUAAACCACCUGCAAAAGUACUCUCACCGAGGUUACGGUGCACCGGUCCGUAGCUGGAACGGUCAGCAAACUAACAUGGACCGGGAACUGCAGAACGAACGGCGCGAAGAACUGAAACGCCAGCGGGACGAUGAUCUCGAAACGGAAAUGGAUCGCGGUCGAACGAAGAAAGUCAAACCACAUUUCUAUUUUCACGACCAGCAGCAGCGCGAUAUCCAAAUGCCAAAUCCCUUUCAGAGCUAUCAGGACCAUCAGACGAACAACGGCGGCGGCGGCGGCGGCGGUCCCAAUCGGAACAAGUGGGGUGGCAACCAACACAACAAUGGAUUUGGUGGUGGUGGAAAAUACAGUGGCGGACAGUUGCAUUUUCAGAACCGAAAUCACAAAGGAUAUCACCAUGGGUAUCAGAAUGGGAACCACAGUCGGAACAACAACUACCAGGGGUUUCGCAAUGGGGGUAACGGUCGCCAUGGGUUUUAUAAUAAGUCACAUCAUCAUCAUCAUCAUUAUCAGCGUGACAAUGGCGGCGGUGGCGGCAAUGGUUUCCGCAAUCGAUAGGCAACCGUCGGCACCGGCUAAAAGGAGGAAACUGCUGCGGUGGUAUGAGGACACAGCCUCAUUAGACUAAAGAUAAAAUUGUACGUUAAUGUCCACUGACACGAAAAUAGGAAACCCCGGGAUACAAAGUUGUGAUCGAGAAAAGUUCAGUUUUUUUUAAACGAAACAAAUUACACUUAUUUUUUAUAAUAGUCAUAGUUCCCCUUCGCUCCCCUGCCCUUCCCCCCCAGGAACUGCUGAUGUUUUGUUGUAUAAAUGUGUAGCUAAGCGAAAGCGAACCUUCAAAAGGGAAUAAACGCGUAAGAUUUUUUUUUCUUGUUAUUAACAGAAAAUGCAAUGAUUUUUGUUCCCGAAUUUUCCAACGUAUAGAAAAUCCACCAGACGAAAGCAUUUUAUACAAUUUCUUUUUUAUAGAUACGUGCGCGCUGUCAGGCUAUAACGUCAGCCGUUUAAAAUCAGAAGAAACGUUUUGUGGUGCACCUGUAAAUAGUUGAUAACUCUGAUAGCACUUUUAGUACUAGGCUUUACCAAAUCGAAAUUUUGAUGGAUCAUGCUAAAAUCUUGAGCUCUUGUAAAUAGAGGAAUAACUCCAAACAUUUGUGGAUGGGGGCAAAAAUUGAAAAUACCUCCCAAAAAAAGAAAACGAGACCAGGUUUUUUUUCUGCAGUAGUAAGUGAAAACUACAAAACGAGAGAGAAAAAAAAAAACAUUUAUACCUGCCAACUGCCACCGUUCAGUUGCAUAGAGAAUAGACUAAAAUACUAGCAAUUAUUACUACGAUACCGCAUUAUCUCUUACUAACCCGUGUUUAACCGUAGGAAUGAUUAGUCAAAAAUUUUUACCCGAGAGUCCCAUUCCUAUUGAUUGGCCGCGGAGAAAUUUCUGUUUGGUUUCCAUUUAUCACGGUAACAGAGUCCCAAAAAUUCCCUACACUGACACGAAUCUUCCACAGCACACAGGGUUGAUCCAUUUGAUGAGGAUCAAACUAGCCUUUGGUCUUUGUGGUGAGAAUGAAAAAUAAACAGUGUUCCUUAACCCCGUUGAAGUAACCCGCCCUUUUUGUACUUGUUUAUAUUUCUUCUCUCUCUCUCUCCCUCGAUUGCCGGUAAGAGCGAUGAGUACGGGCUCCGACAACUUUUAUUAUUUUUUUUUCUAAAAGACUUACUGGUUAACUGGUACGGAAAUGUUAUCUAAAAUAAAAAAGCAACGUAGUUUUAUAUACCGUAGUAGAUACAUAUAUUGACAGUGACAGUCGGAAACAAUCAAAACAAGAAAAUUGAUAUGAACAAAGAUGGAAACUAAAUCGAUUGCGGGAAAGAACCAUGUUCUUAUUGGAUAUGAUGUUGACAAUUUGAGAAGAAAAAAAACUAGAAUGAAGCUUUCUCGGAUGGAACAGAUGAGAGACAACAAAAAAAAACUCCUAGUUACUGUAAAUAGGCUACCUAAUAAAUUAUAUAUCUGUAACGAUUAUUAUAGCUGGAAGUGAAAAAAAAAUGAUGCAUUAGAUUGAGAAGAAAAAAGUUGAAUUUGCCGAAAAAAAAAACAAACCAGGCCGAUUGAAUGUAAUUGCGUAAGUUGAUGAAUAAACCAUAAGUUAAUUAUCAUAAUUAA